AUCUCAUUGCUCUUAUUGAUCUCUUAUUUGAACGCUGAUCAAUGUGUGCUUAUGUAAAUGUGUAGAUUACACGAGGAUAGAUGCGGAUAUUGUUGCUAAAACGAGGUUUUUACCUGACAAGCCGUUCGUUUCUGUUGGUUAUUGUUUCUUGCUUUGUGUCGUGAUCCCAUGAUUUGUCAGUGAGUCUACGUGCAGCUGAUUCACGGCAUGCGGUGCAUACUGCAGCUAGCUGAGGUUCACAAAGUGAAGCUGACAGUUUUUUUAUGAUCAGACAGUCCUCGUCCGUUUCACCCCGUCAGGCUUCCCACCUGUGAGAUGUCUGAUGUCCACUGAUGUCAAGAGCCUGGGAUUUUAAUCUCACUCACACUCACACAGGCUCAGAUGACAGCUGCUCACACCUGAAAAUAUUAAACGUCAGAAAUCUUAAAGCUAAAAGUCACGGCUGUCAAGUUUUUUGGCAGGGUAACUUUUCAGGGUUUUAAUGUUUAUUGCACCUUUCGAAUUAGCAGCACAGUAACACAAGCUCUUUAUUCUCAAAUCCACCGUCUUAUAGCCUCCACUCCAUGGGGGAUUUAGUCUGUUUGAGUUUGAGCUCAUAAUAGUGUGCAGAAGCUCAUUUCCACACUUCACCAGCUUAUACAGUACUCUAUAUCCUCAUUAUUUAUUCAUGUAUUCACAGCAGGACACAACAAGUCAUCAGCUUUCCAUACUAAUGCAAACAUCUGUUGCUCCAAGCUGCUGCACCUGCCUGUAACCUUCACACUUCAGUGCUUUCAGGCCUAUGUUUUGAAUAUUUUAUCUCGCAAUUUAGCUUUAUGAUAGCUGUCAGCAGUCUUUGGUCAAGCCCAAAUGCCUUCAAUUUAACUUCUGUCCACUAGCAAAGAGUUGUACCCCACAAUGGAUCGCAGCCUUCUGUAACUCAGGGCCUGUCACAGACAGGGUGUGGCCUCUGGGUGGGGCAGGUGAGGGCUUAGCAGUGGCAGACAAUCAAACCCUUCAGUCAUGCUGUCCGGGGUGCAGCCAUGCUUCCAGCUGCUUCGGAUCGGUUCGUCGGCUGGCGACUCUGCACGGGACCUGUACACAUUCAGGCCGGCGCUGAGCCACUCCGUGUUCCGUCUGGGCCGGGCGGCGGAGCUGUGUGACGUCACGCUGGACUCAACGUCGGUGUCCCGAAUCCACGCUGAGCUGCACGCAGAGAGGGAGCCGAGCGGAGGUGACGCAGCACCGCAGGAGGAGGGCUGGAGGGUCCACAUCAAGGACAGGAGCAGUCAUGGCACCUGGGUCAAUGAGGUCCGCCUCCAGCCAGGCGUCCAGUGGGAGCUCUCAGACAGCGACACGCUGACCUUUGGUGGCCAGUCGGCUCCAGGGAACCCUGAGUUCUACUUCCUCUUCCAGAAGGUCAAAGUUCGUCCACUAGACUUUGAUGCCAUCACAAUUCCAAAGGCGGGCACCUUCUCCUCCGACUUACAGAACCGGAUCAGAACCAAUAUGGACCGCAAGGUGGCCGCCAACCUGGACCUGUCCAAGCUGUCCAUCAACCGGGCCACAGUCAUCCUCAACUCCAUUGGCAGUCUGAGUAAGAUGAAGGGCAGCGCCUGGACCUUUAAGAGGAGCCACAGCCACGAGGGAACUGUCUCGGACCCCGGCUCUUCCUCUUCGCCCCCUCUGGCCGUGGGCUUUACUUCUCUGCUCCCUCCCUCCACACCUCCAUCAUUCUCCUCUGCAGCUUCAGUGCCUUCGACAAAGUCCCUCCAGCCGACCUCCAGGAGCAGGAGGAAGUCGGCUCACACGGUGCUCCUCGAGGACGACAGCUCAGAUGAGCCCAGAAGUCGAGGAGCUCUAGCAGGAGUUGUGGAGGACGGACAGAGAGCGAGGGGGAAGAAGAGGCGGCGGCUCUACAAGUCUGAGUCGGAGGGUUUCAGCUCUCCUCUUCCUCUGCCACUGCAGCCCAAGAGCCACAACGACGUCCGGCGGCCACUUGAGGCCAAACCCUUCCCCGUCGGUAUCAGGACCAUCGGCAGUUUCCAUGGCGCCAUGACGAACAGCAGACUCAACCACCACCUCAUCCAGGCAUCAUUCACCAACCCUGCUGUUCACAAACAAGAAGUGCAGACGAUGCACCGGGUCCAGACAGUGAUGCGCGGCAACAUCGCAGCUUUCCGCCAACAGAAACCUGCCCACCGUUCUCCGACAGUGCAGAGAGGCAGGCGGAGGGCUCACAGCUCUCCGGUUUUCUCUCCUCUGGUGGUCGGAGGGGAGAACUAUAGCCUGGCCUCACCUUCAGUGAGGAUCCGCACAGAGGAGAGAGGCAGGGUGCAGUUCAACAGAUUUCACCAUCCAACAAGCAAGCGACGAGGCCGCCCCAGAAAACACCCUCUGCCUCCCCGGCCUUCCCUGCCCUCUCCAUCCUCCUCGUCUUCCUCUUCCACCUCCUCGGCCUCCUCCUCCUCCGGCUCCUCCUCUUCCUCCUCUGAGGAUGAAGACGAGGAAGACGAGGAGGUGACUGCCGGGGCGGUGGAGCCGUGCGCGGCGCCACGCUGUCGGCUGCCCCAGCAAGAUACGGUGCAGUGGAUCCAGUGCGACGUGUGCGAUGCCUGGUACCACAUAGACUGUCUGCACGUCGACCGCAAGAAGCACGUUGACCCCAACGCUGACUUCCACUGUGGAUGUCGCUGAUAUGACGAAAACCGAGUUUGUGACAGUGAAAUGAAAUGCUCCAGUUUAGACUUUCAAGUUAGCACAUUUUUUUGUUGUUUGUUUGUUUCCUUCAGCCACACUUGUGGAAAUCAGCAAAGAUUUAAUUGAAGACAGGCUACUUCUUCUUCAAAUGGCCACUGAGCUGCUCUACUCAAGCAUGCAGUGUUUUUCUCUUACCUCAGCAGCAGCUGUUGACGGCAGGAAAAGACCUACCUUCAAUUUUAACAUCCUGAUCCUUCCAAGUUUGAGGAUUUGUGACCCAAGAGUCACACAGCUGCUUCACAAACCUCAUGCCCACUCAGUUUCAGGGCUCAGGCUUUGGAGAUGGAGGCAAAACUGUAAUGAAAUGUCUUAGGCUGGAUUUCAUUAUGGCUUUGACUGCCUGGAGAGGUGCACUCCCACCGGGGCUGUUGUUGACCAGCGGGCAGGCAGCAUUCAGGAAGAUUAAUGAAAUGUUGCAGAUCAGGGUGCCACAGCAGGAGUCUAUAAAGUGUGAUUAAAUGUUCUUAGAUGUCUCAGUGCAGCCACAUUGACUAUUUUAGCGACCAGGCCAGUUUUUCAGGGCAGAAUAGGACCUUCAGUGAACAUUGACUUGGUUUUGGUGGUAAAAAAGCUCCAACACCCUUACCCCUCAAAAGGAAGCAGCCCUGGGCUGGUGUUUUCCCACCUCAGUGAUAAUAAAACUCAAAAUAUUUCAGUGCAGCUUUCCUGGGUGGCAGCAGCUGUCUAGGAGUGGGUGUGUGAUGUUUCAAGACAAUUAAAUGCCAGGAAAUGUGUCAGCAGACUUCCAUUGUUGCUGCUGAUGAGAGGUGCUCUUGGGAUGAUAAUCAAAUGUUUCAAGGCACUUCAGCAGAAGCAGCUGCUGGAUUUUGGGGGGAAUGUGUACAGUGUGACUGUAUUAUAAGAUGUCUGAGUGCAGGCUGGCAGUGUGGCUGCUGCUGGUUUGGGAAGACUCAUUACCAGUGAAAUGUCAUGAAAUCAUCCGCUGAUGUAACAGGAUAAACAGAAAUGAUCUCAUCAUCUCUGACUGGUGGUUGAGACUUGAUGUCACAGAUAAUUUUAAGGGCUUCUCACACACAUACUGAACUCUUGGGCCAAAAUGGACGCUUUUGUCUGGGCGAAAUGGGCUGGACCUGACUGAACUGUUCUCCACUACUAAACAGUAGAUGUACACAUAUGUUUGCUCAAGUGCUGCUUGAGUAGAAUAAAAUCAAAGUGUAGAACUCCAAAUUCUUCAUCUUAAGCACCUUUCUAUUAUUUAAUUCUGAAUCUUUGGUUGGCUCACCUGGACAAAAACAUUCUCUUUGUGUGUCUAAAACAGCAUUUUACCUUCUGAACCACUUCUAUAAUCUUUGUAAUAAUUCUUACUAAGAGCUAUUCAGAUUAUGGUAGUGUUAAGUGUCUGGGCUGAAAAGGGGUCUACCGAUUUUUACUUUGAUCGUACCACUAUGGCAGACCCGCAGUUUUUUGAAGUGAGAGGAAAGUGGAAGAAAAUGUAGAGAACUUGAUUGUUAAGCAACUUAAGCAAUAAAAUAAGAAAAAAAACAUCUAAAAACUUUAAAAGUAUGUAUUUUUUAACUUGUCAAAGGCAUGUUACAGCUAAUGAUUGCUUCCAGCACAGUCAAAUCAGAUUUUCUCUGUCUUUGGCUUCACUGAAGCUUAGAGACAGAUCACACAGUGACCACUCUCGUGCUACUUCACUGCCUUCUCUCAGCAGAAUGGUUAGCUGUGCUAACUAGAUCAUUGCUUAAGUAGCUGUCAAGACAACGUCAGAAAGCAAGCAGAAAGAUGAGAAGAAAACAUGUGAUAACUGGUUUUGGGUCAGUUCAUUUUCAAUUCAGUUGAUUACUUUUAAAAUCCAAAAAGAAAGUGUUUCGUGAGAUCCAUAAACCUGUGUUUGAUGGAAUUAAUAAAUGUAGUGUUACUAGUCAAAAGGCUCUAGUUUCACUUGAAAUAAUUUCAUUGACAACAUAUUGAGGUUCAUUGAGGUUUUGACAACAUAUCACCAUGAACGUAACCUACACUUUAAAAAAAAAAAGAAGGAAAAAACAAGAGGUUACAUCACCUCACUGCAGUAAUACAAUAUCAAUUAUAUAGGAUUUAACAUAAUAGCCUAAUACUAUAAUACAGAUUUUAAGGACCAGUUUGGUCUUCUUGAGCAGUGGUUACUCAAAUGUAAAAGGAAAUAAAAAGUUUGGUUUUGAGUUUUCUGUUGAUCUUCACUCAGUUGUAUUUUGGCUUUGUAUGCCUUUUUAAAAAAAAAAAAAAAAAAAAAAAAAAGGAUUUUGUUUGCAGUUUCAUCUGUCAGUAAAGAUGUAAGUGUUUUGUAAGUGCAUUUUCUUUUUGUCUCUUAGAUUUUGAACUCGAUUUUGAAAGCUAUUUAAAUAGCGGUUUAUGUUUUCCAAGCUUCACUUAAAGAAAUGUGCCAUCUUCACCACAUCACUCAUUGUCGUUCAGUGUCAUGCUGCUGUUCACCCUUUUUGCUUUCAUGUGGUGCGCCAAACAGUUGCAAAGGUCUUAAAAAGGGAGGGGCUGCUGAGGGACUGAUACUUUCUAAUUAGCGAGAAGGUAACAUUGGAGGUGCAACACAAACUGUAACAACCCCAAAAAAAGAGUAUGAAACUUGUGUGAUAUUGAAAAUGUUUUCAGUGCAAAGUACUCGAUUGUUAUGAAUGUUUUGUUGCUAAAUUACUACAGCAUAGCUUCCAAUAGCUGAUAUUUUAUCAUAAUCAAAAUCAGAAAGCUGUAAAAGUCCAAAAUUAAUCAAACAACAGUUAACUUCAUUCAUGUUUAAUGAAAACAAAACUUGCCUCAUAUUUAUAAACUGCUGUUCUGUAGUUGUGGUCAGGAAACAAGCAUCAUCAAAGUCACCAGUUGACCGCAUAAGUGGCUACUGAUGUUUGAUAAAUCAGCCUCGCAUAUUGAUAACCACAUCACUAACAGCUCUUUGCAGAUCUGCAGUAUUUUCCAUUUGCAUUCCCUCAAAGACAAACAACUGUCUUGUAACAUCUUUCAAGGCUUUGAUGGAUUAAGUCAAGUUUGUGGCCAAUAUUUUUGAUCAUUGCACUGUUGUUGGCGUGUCAUUGUUUCAGUAUUUCGUUUGUGCCAUCUGCAAAAUGUAUAGCUCAUUCAAGCGUUGACAUUUUUACUCUUGAGUUAAUUAUUCUGUUUAUUGUUAAAAUCCCAAAAUACAGGACUCUAAGGGGAAAGCACCAUUAUUGAUGAGUUCAGACGUGUAGUUAGUCAAAGGAAUUGUUUUGUAAAUCAGGGCAUAUUUCAUAAAUCAGUUUCUCUCAGAGCUCCAAAGCAGAAGUUCACAGGACUCUUCUUUCACACUGCGUUCACUUUAAUUAUCACAGCACAGUUUGACUUUGUUGGUUUUGCCGGAUUGUACAGAAUUAAACCAAUUGUCAUACUUCUCUGAGAUGCUAUCAGCAUCAAAGUUAUCGGGGAAGAAAUAAAGAAUAAUCAGAAAUU